CAGAUACAGUGCCAUCUUUUCCUUCAUUCCCAAACACGCUGCAGAAAUAAAAGGGGAAUUGAUAAGAACAGGUCGCUAAUAAAAAAGAAAUAAACAUAUAGGAUUGGCAGGAAGUAGUCCGGAUAUCCGCAGAAAAAGAAUGAGAGAGAAAAUCAAGGAGGCGUAGACAUAACCGUUCACACGGCUCGGGGUAUUUUUGCAUCGGGUUUUGCAAGAGGGACGACCCGAGGAUUCAAAAAGAUACACAGACUUGUCACUGGAGGGAAAGGUCUGUACGGAGAGAGGGAUUGCUUGUGAUUGGCAUUUCAGUGAGCCUGUGUGUGUAAAAUAGUGAGAAAGAAAAAGGAGAAGAGCAAUUCGAGACUGAACAUUUACUAUGGUCCUGGUGGAGGGUCUGAUCUUCAUGUUAUGGCCCCUCAGCAGUUUAUGUCAUGGUGAGUACAAAUCAACUUGAAGAACAGGUGGAUGGACAGAUGUAUGUAUGUAUGGAUGUAUGGAUGGAUGGAUGGGUGGAUGUAUGUAUGUAUGGAUGGAUGGAUGGAUGGACAGGUGGGUGGAUGGAUGGGUGGAUGUAUGUAUGUAUGUAUGUAUGUAUGGAUGGAUGGAUGGAUGGAUAGACAGGUGGGUGGAUGGAUGGGUGGAUGUAUGUAUGUAUGGAUGGAUGGAUGGAUGGAUAGACAGACGGGUGGAUGUAUGUAUGUGUUUAUGGAUGGAUGGAUGGAUGGAUGGAUGGACGGAUGGGUGGAUGUAUGUAUGUAUGUAUGUAUGGAUGGAUGGAUGGGUGGAUGGAUGGGUGGAUGGAUGGAUGUAUGUAUGGAUGGAUGGAUGGAUGGAUGGAUGGACGGACGGGUGGAUGUAUGUAUGUGUUUAUGGAUGGAUGGAUGGACGGACGGGUGGCUGUAUGUAUGUGUUUAUGGAUGAAUGGAUGGAUGGAUGGAUGGAUGGAUGGAUUUAUGUAUGUAUGUAUGUAUGUAUGGAUGGAUGGAUGGAUGGACGGGUGGAUGUAUGUAUGUGUUUAUGGAUGGAUGGAUGGAUGGAAGAACAAAUGAAUAGAAGUGAUACAUAUAGAUGGAUAAAUAGACAGAUGAAUAUGAUGGAUGAAUGGAUGAAUGAAUAAAUAUAUGUAUGCAUGUAUAGAUGGAUGGCUGGAUGGAUGGAUGGAAGAACAAAUGAAUAGAAGUGAUACAGAUAGAUGGAUAAAUAUACAGAUGAAUAUGAUGGAUGAAUGAACAAGUAUACGUAUGGAUGGAUGGAUGGAUGGAUGGAUGGAUAAUCAAAAUAGGGACGGCUGAAUAAACAAGUGGAUAGAUGGAUAAACGAGACAGAUGGAUAUAUGAAUGGAUGAACAGAAGAAUGGGACAAAGUGCAGAUGCAUGGAUGACAUAUAUGUACAGUAUAUAACAGUUAAAUGGACAGAUGUAGAGGACUAUGUAAUGGACUGAUGCAUGAACAGACAGAUGGAUGAAUGUAUAGAUCCUUCUAUGGAUGGAUGAAUGACAAGAUGGGUGAUAGAUAGAGGACACAUGAACAGAAAGAAGGAUGAAUCAACAGAUACAUGGAUGGAUGGACAGAUUAAAUGAUUGGAUGAAUGUACUGAUGAAUAGAUGGAUGCAAGAAAUGAACAAGGAAGGGAUAGAUGGAAUGAUGGCUUGAUCGAUGGAUGGAUAGAUGAUGCGGUGGCUUCCUUCUUUAUCAGCUCUGAAUUCUACUCUUUAAUUAUUCGCAACCAAGCUAAGCCUAUUGUUCCUCUCCAUCACAUUCAUCAAUCACCACCAUGUUGCAUUUCAACCCUGACCUACUCCUACUCCACUCCAUUUCCUCUUGCUGUACGCCUCUUUCCUGUUUGUGUCAGAGCCCGUUUCCUGUUUCCCCUCCGCCUAGGGCCUUUGUGGAGUUUGACCCUCUUUUUGGGCUGCUGAAAAUCCAGCUGUUAAUAAUACACAUCACCAGGUGAUCCAUGGAGCAGCUGUCCAGCAGAUAAGAUAUGCAAAGUCAAGUUUGCGAAUGGCGCGUGUGAUAUGGAAUGCUCUGGGUCGCAGUGCCUGAAAGACGGCUUCGACUGCCUUAAGCCCAAAGAAUCCUGCAAUUCCGGCUACAUUCUGUACUGCCGUGACCACUUCGACAACGCACACUGUGAGAAGGGUUGCAACACUGCCCCCUGUGGGUGGGAUGGUUCAGACUGUAUAAAAACCUAUAAAAACCAGCAUCCCAAUUGGGCCAAAGGAGUGCUGAUUCUGCAUACGGCAAUUCCUUUCCAGAAAGCGCCAUUGCAGAACAGUUCGUUACUUUGGGCUCUCAGCAUCCUGCUCCAAACCAGCGUCAAACUGAGAGGGGUGGUGCCACUUCAGCCCAGUGCUGAUUUCUUCGCUAUGGAUGCACAGCAGCUGAUAGAUCUGCACCAGCAAGCGCCUAAUUACAAAAGCAACAGGUCUUUAUUGUUCCUACAAGUGGAUAACAGGCCAUGCUCCCAGCUACCAUUCUCUUGUUUUCCCUAUGCAUCGGAGGCAGCAGAUUUCCUGAACGCCAUGCUGGAGUUGAACCUUGCCCCAGCCCACAUCAAGCCCGAGAUCCAAGUACUCAUCGGCAUCCGGGGCAUCAAUAAGGAAAUCACAGUAAGAGAAACUCCCGUCAAGGAGCCUGAUGGUUCUCCUGCAUGGCUGUGGCCCGUGGUUGGCAUUGCAGUGGGCAUUGGGGUGGCACUGGCCGUAGUGGCGACGGCAGUGCUGGUAUGGUUCUGGAGAAGACGACAGAGGAGAGAACAAGGAGACCAUCACAGACGAGUGCAUCACAGAUCUACUGCAACUGACAGCAAUGGUGGGAAUAAAGACUGGACACAGUGCUCCACUGAGCAGAACAAAAGGAAUGGAAGGAUAGCAAGGGAGAAGGACAGAAAUGGCAUGAAGAAGAAGAAGAAAGGGAAGGACCUGAGAAAGAAGCGCAGGGAACCACUCGGAGAGGAUGCCAUUCGGAUAAGGCCUCUUAAGAAGUCCUUGGACAUUGGCAGUGACACGGACGUGACCCAGAGCUCCAUGGAGGACAUCAGCAAGACAAUCUGUGACCACAGAUCUCCAGAUCAGAAACAUUUCAACAUCAAUCACAAGCAUGUGCCCAUAAGUCCACCAAGAAGGUGGGACAGGAACUCCAUUCCUACACAGCAGAGGACACCAAGCAAUUCAGCCCCAGUGCAGUGGUGUGGACCUGACGGUUCUGUGGUUCUGAUCCGUGCUGUGAGGAGUGGCCUCGAUCGGGUGGUGUUGGAGCUGCUCAGAGCUGGGGUGCCUGUCAACAACACCGACCACACCGGGAGAUCCGCCCUGCACUGGGCAUGCUCAGUAAACCACCUCUCAUUAGCUCGGACACUGAUACGUUACGGCGCUGCUGUGGACAUGCAGGACCACAAGGGUGAGACAGCUCUGUUUCUCUCGGCGCUCCAUGGCUGCUACGAUACUGCUAGGUUUCUCAUCCUAAACGGUGCCAAUCAGGAGCUGACGGACUGCAGGGGGCGUCGGCCAAUAGAUGUGGCCCAGGAAGGAUUCCAUCAUGAGAUCCUCGAGCUUCUACUGGCCCACCGAGUCCACCAGAGCCCGUUUCCUGUGGCCCCAGCUACCGAGGUGCUGUGGGAUGACCGUACUUACCUGUAUUCCCCAUGGGUGGCAUCACCUCCAUGUCUGCCAGGAAGGAGUGCUUCCUUUUCUGGAGUUGUAGGACCCAGGGAGAUGUCUUCACCCCAGUCCAGUGACUGGCAAUUUGUGGCACCUCAAAACUGGCGGCCAAUGACAAACCAAUCCGCGACGGCGCUAGUCAGCCCCAGGGUCCUCAGCCGCCCAUCGCGUCCAAUCAGCACGCUUCAGGAAGUGACCUCAGAAGCCGAGGAAGAAGAAAGAGAAGCAGCACAGCAUGUCCCCAGAGCGACGACACCCCACUUCCUGUGUCCUCUGCCAGCACCCCGGCAGCGCUCAUUCUCCUGCACACAGCCCGCUCUGCAGCGCCGCCUCAGUGCCAACCAACCAGAACCGGUCGUCAACGUCCAACAAGAGAAACUAGCUAAUGAGCAAGUAGAAAUAGUGGUCGUGCCCCACCCUAAGACAAGCUCCAGCCAAUCAGAGAGCAGAAGUGCAGGGACGGUGUGUAAUACAGACUCUGAGAGAGAGAGGAUCAUCUGCAACGCAAAAAGUCAAAGCGAGGCGGUCAAUACCGAGCCCACGUCAGUACAGACUGUUAUGUGACCGCGAUGGAUUUUCAUAAAGCUCUGUAUUGUAAAAAGUUCCAAAAGUCUAAUUCCACUACCAUGCACUUGGUUUUCCCCUAAAACUAAUACCAAAUGCUUAUGAUAAAAAUACAUUACAUGCAAUGGAGAAACCAUUUAUUUUCAGCAGUCUGUCAAACCCAUGUAUUCAAUUAAAUAAAAAUAAAUCUAGAUA